ACAUUUCACCUGUCCAGUGAAAUAUUUCAACACCUAAUGGUCCAGAUAUCUCAUGGUCCACAGAUCAAUCCUCACCUCCCUCCCCCUCCCUCCUUCCUCACCCUCCCCACAUUGAUACUCCCCUCUGCCUCAUCUCUCCACUCGUCCUCUGCUCACUCGCUGCUGUGAUGAACCGGCUGCAUGGACUCCUCUUCCUCCUCCUCGUCCUCUUCCUCCACUUCUCCUCAUUGGGUGUCCAGCAGCGAUGUCGGGGACUCUGUAGGAGCAUCGGGUGGGAGGACCGGCUGUGAACCGAGUGGAGGGUCGCUGUGAGAACUGGAUGUGAAGGGGACGCGCCGUGGUCAUGAUCGACUGGUCCAAUGUGACGGCGUCCGGCUACCAGGAGCUGGGCCCGAAACCCGAGGAGCUGCAGAGGUCCAAAUGUGUCCUGGGCUUCAUCCCGGUCAUCUACUACAGCGUCCUGCUCUGUGUGGGAGUACCAGUGAACGUCCUCACGGCCGUGGCUCUGUCCCGACUGGCGUGCCGCACCAAGAAGGCCCUGUACUACUACCUGCUGGCGGUGACGGGCUCGGACAUCCUCUCGCAGCUCUUCAUCAUCUUCGUGGGCUUCCUGCUGGAGACGGCGGUCUUCCACCGCGACGUCCCUGCGCUGCUGCUGCACUCCGUCAGCGCCGCCGAGUUCGCCGCCAACCACGCGUCCAUCUGGGCCACCGUGCCCCUCACCGUGGACCGCUACGUGGCGCUGUGCCACCCCCUCCUCCACCGGCAGAUCAGCUACCCGGCGCGCGCCCGGAGGACCAUCGCGGCGGUGCUGGCGCUGUCCCUGCUGUCCGGCGUGCCCUUCUUCUGGUGGUCGGACAUGUGGAGGAACAGCCGGCCGCCCACGGGCCUGGACGCCGUGCUCAUCUGGACGCACGUGACCAUCAUCUACUUCCUGCCCUGCGGCAUCUUCCUGGUGCUGAACUCGCUGAUCAUCCGCACGCUGAGGGCGACCGCGGCGCCCGCGCUGCGGGGAGGAGCCGCCGCCGCCCCGCCGCCGCCGCCGCUGGGCAAAACCACCGCCAUGCUGCUGGCCAUCACCUCCGUGUUCUCGGUGCUGUGGGCCCCGCGCACCGCCGUGGUCAUCUACCACCUGUACGUGUCCUCGGUCCACCGGGACUGGCGCGUCCACCUGGCCUACGACCUGUCCAACAUGCUGGCCAUGCUCAACACGGCCGUCAACUUCUUCCUCUACUGCUUCGUCAGCAAGCCCUUCCGCGGCGCCGUGCGGGACGUGGUGCUGCUGAGGGGGGGGGCGCCGGACCCCCGCCGGGCCGCGCCACACCCGCAGGCGCCCACCAACGCCUCCAUCUCCUCUCUGUACAGUGGGAACAACAAGCGCUCGCAGCGGGACUCCACCCCCUUGUCACCUCCCGGGGCCAGAAAGCCCUUGUGACCCCCGUGACCCCAAUUCCUCUUAAUCCAAAGCCCCCCCCCAUCGUCCCAUCGUCCUGCAGCUCUUGGGACGCCAGAGGAGCUCGCUGCAUUCCAGCUACCAGGCUGCCAGUCAGCCGGAGGCCGGCGGAAUGUUUUUCAUUAAAACCGGCUGCUGUUCGUCCCUUAAAGCACACGAGCGACAUAUUUAUUUCUCCUCGAGGAGACUUUAACAAUUCACAAUUAAGCUUUUCUUCCCGUCCACGUUUAGUAGCAAAGUGCCGAAAUAUGUUUUAUAUUGCUGCGGAAAAGAAUAAAGAGUAACAGCCUGUUAGUCAGGACAAUGAGACGAGUUCCAUGAGUGUCAUCAAAUCAUCUCACCUUCAUCGUGGCCCUCAGCUCGUCAUCCACAGAGGGACAGUUUAAACAUGAGCUGUGUGUAAAGGUGCACAAUGCCCCCAAAAAGAGGGCGCGCCUCGCUGAGCAUCGCCAACAGAGCAAAACAAAUGGCACUCCGUCUCCACGGCGAGCGCACAGGAGCCGCCGGCCGCUCGCGCCUCUGUUUAUUCUACAUCAACUGCAACUGGAACCUCGAAUGGAGGCCGGAGGAGAGCUGCUCUUCAAACAGCAGCACGGCCCGGAUGCACAAACCCGGACAGCUCUCAGUCUGCACACACACACACACACACACACACACACACACACGCACAGACACACUCAUGCAUGUACCAG